CCUCUUCUCAUCAUCGGUCUCCAUUGAUAACCACACCACAAAACAGUUUAUUUUUCCUCCUCGCAAACUCUGGCCCUUCGCCAUGUCUCCUUUCGAGAUGCAAUUCCAAGCCAGCGCCAUGGACGACGAAGAAGAAAAUUCUCCUAUUGAGGAAGUGAACCUCACCGUUUCGAACACGGACGAUCCAUCUCUGCCAGUCUACACGUUUCGCAUGUGGGUUCUCGGCAUUCUCUCCUGCUGCCUCCUUUCUUUUCUCAACACCUUCUUCGCUUACCGUACGCAGCCGCUCACCAUAACCAUGAUCUCCGUACAGGUCGCCACGUUGCCCAUCGGCAAGUUCAUGGCCAGCGUACUUCCGUCAACCACAUUUCGGAUACCCGGGUUUGGGAACCGAAAGUUCUCACUGAACCCGGGUCCGUUUAACAUCAAGGAACACGUCUUGAUAUCCAUCUUCGCUAAUGCCGGGGCUGCGUUCGGGUCUGGUACCGCCUAUGGUGUAGGCAUUGUGAAUAUUAUCAAGGCCUUUUAUCACAGAAGCAUCAGUUUUCAUGCUAGUUGGAUUCUCGUCAUCACUACUCAGGUUUUGGGCUACGGGUGGGCCGGGAUUAUGAGAAGGUUCGUGGUGGACCCUCCAGAAAUGUGGUGGCCCGGUAGUCUGGUUCAGGUCUCUCUUUUCAGGGCUUUACACGAGAAAGAUAGUGCUCGUAUGUCCCGAGGCAAAUUCUUCUUGAUAGCUCUGAUCUGCAGCUUUUCCUGGUACGUCUUCCCCGGCUAUCUCUUCUCGACACUAUCCGCCAUCUCCUGGGUGUGUUGGCUAUAUCCCAAAUCGGUCACCGCCCAGCAGAUAGGCUCCGGCAUGGACGGACUCGGCCUCGGCGCCUUCGCCAUUGACUGGGCUGUCAUAUCUUCCUAUCUCGGCAGUCCGCUAAUCACUCCUUUCUUCGCCAUUGUUAAUGUGCUUGUUGGCUAUAUAAUCGUCAUAUAUGCGGUUCUUCCCUUGGCCUACUGGGGCGUAAACCUCUACGAUGCCCACAAGUUCCCCAUUUUCUCGUCGGAGCUCUUCGAUGCUGAUGGACAGGUUUAUAAUGUUACCGCCAUUGUCAACGACAAGUUUGAGAUUGACAUUCCGGCUUACGAGCAGCAAGGCCGAAUUAACCUCAGUGUCUUUUUUUCUCUCACUUAUGGAAUUGGAUUUGCAGCCAUUAUAUCUACACUCACUCAUGUCGCCUUGUUUAAUGGAAAAGAGAUCAUUCAGCAAUUUCGAGCUUCGACGAAGGGGAAGAUCGAUAUUCACACAAAGUUAAUGAAGAGAUACAAGAACAUACCAGACUGGUGGUUCCAUGUGUUGCUUGCAGUGUCAAUUGUACUGUCUCUUGUGCUAUCCAUUUUCAUGAAAAAUGAAAUCCAAAUGCCAUGGUGGGGACUGGUAUUUGCUGCUGGCCUUGCUUUAAUUUUCACUCUUCCUGUCAGCAUUAUAACAGCCACAACCAAUCAGAUGCCGGGAUUAAACAUCAUUACAGAGUAUAUCAUGGGUGUUAUAUUACCUGGAAGACCUAUAGCCAAUGUCUGCUUCAAAACUUAUGGGUACAUAAGCAUGGCACAGGCAGUCUCCUUUCUGAAUGAUUUCAAGCUUGGCCAUUACAUGAAGAUCCCACCAAGAUCAAUGUUUUUAGUCCAGUUCAUAGGAACCAUAGUAGCUGGAACUAUCAACAUUACAGUAGCCUGGUUUCUGCUGGGCACUGUGGAGAACAUUUGCCAAAUUAAUCUCCUACCUGAAAACAGUCCCUGGACAUGCCCCAGCGAUCGGGUCUUCUUUGACGCAUCCGUAAUCUGGGGACUGGUCGGACCUAAAAGGAUCUUCGGCAGUCUUGGCAACUACUCAGCUCUCAACUGGUUCUUCCUCGGUGGUGCACUGGGACCUCUUGUCGUUUGGCUCGUCUCCAAAGCUCUCCCCAGCCAAGCACACUGGAUUUCAAAGAUCAAUCUGCCUGUUCUUUUAGGCUCGACUGCCGCCAUGCCUCCUGCCACAGCAGUGAACUUCAACUGCUGGAUUGUUGUUGGGAUUGCUUUCAAUUAUUUCGUGUUUAAGUACAGGAAGAGUUGGUGGCAAAGAUACAACUAUGUUCUGUCUGCAGCACUGGAUGCUGGAUUAGCUUUCAUGGGGGUGUUGCUCUAUUUCACUUUGUCAACGCAGGAAGUAGGCCUAACCUGGUGGGGGACAGGAGGUGAGCAUUGUGAUAUCGCCAGAUGUCCCACAGCUAAGGGAGUUGUUAAUCCUGAUUGUCCUUCCUUUUAAUUUUCAUCUUCAGUUUCAUGGCUUGUGUUUUAUAGGAUUCAAUACCACGAAUUUUUAAUUCUAUUUUCUUUUUU